AUGGCUGACGCCGAACCCACCAAGACCGCCGACCCGUCGCGUCCUGAACACCAGGAAACCGAGCCCGUCAUGAAGGAGACUGAUCAGGCCAAUGACGCGGAACCCACCACCGAAGCACCCCAGAAGGCGCAGCCUGAGUCUACAGACGACGCCGAAGAGCAGAAGCCAGCAGAAUCUACUGCUGACGCGGAGGCAGAUGCCGCUGCAGACAAAGCUGAUGGCGGGGAGGGUGGCGAGGCUGCUGGUACGACCGAUCAACCUACCACCGAAACAGCUACCAACGGCACACCAUCGACCGGCAAGAAGGCCGUCAAUGGCAAACGCAAGUCGACAGGCGCCCCGGGACCGAAGAAGCUGAACAAGAAGAAGUCCAUGAACCGCAUAUACCACCUGGACGUGCAGCCAGGAGAGACCUACCUUGCUCGGAUGAAGAGUCACGCCCCGUGGCCUUCUAUCGUUUGUGACGAAGAGAUGCUCCCACCUAGCCUACUGUCGACGCGUCCCGUCACCACCAAGAAACCUGAUGGCACAUACUCCGAGGCGUACGCUGACGGUGGGAAGAAAGUGAAUGACCGAACAUUCCCGGUUAUGUUCAUGCACACAAACGAAUUUGCAUGGAUUCCCAACGCCGACCUCACCCCCCUAAAGCCAGAAGACUGCAAGGAUGUUUCAGAGAAGAACAAGUCAAAGGCACUACUUGCUGCCUACAAUGUUGCCGCCGAAGGCCACGAUCUCGAACAUUUCAAGACCAUGCUCGCUGACCACGAGCGGGCUCUACAAGAAGACCUGGAUGAAAAGGAAGCCAAGGCUGCCGCUAAGGCAGCAAAGCAGGAGAAGAAAAAGCGAAAGAGCAUGGAAGUGGUCGAUGAACCCGAAGACGAAGAAAUGGAGGAUGCAGGCGAGAAGAAAAAGAGCACCAAGAAGCGGAAGAAGGAUCUGGAGAGCGAAGGAGAGCACGAAAAGCCUGCAAAGACGCCCAAGCCAGCCACGAAACUAAAACUGACCACGCCCAAGGCUCCUGGCACUGGUGAAAAAGGUGGUAAGAAAGCCGCCAGCACCGCCAAAGCUUCGAAGGGGAAGUCGAAGAAAGCCGCAAAGGCCGAGGCCAGCGAUGAAGAGAUAGAGACUCCCAAGGAGACUGAGAAGCCGGUCGAUCCACAGGAGGCCAAGGCUAAGCGAGAGAAAGAGAUCCUAUAUCUUCGCUAUAAACUGCAGAAGGGAUUCCUUACACGUGACCAGGCCCCAGAGGAGACCGAGAUGGAGCUCAUGUCCACCUACAUCAACAAGCUGGAAGCCUACUCUGAUCUCGAAGUGAGCAUCAUACGAAGCACCAAGAUCAACAAGGUGCUCAAGGCUAUCAUAAAGCUGCCCACCAUCCCCAAGGAAGAAGAAUAUAACUUCCGAGGACGAUCCAUUCAGAUUCUCUCCAGAUGGAAACAGCUAUUAGAAUCAGAUAUGCCUUCGGCAGGCGAAGCAUCCACCCCCGCGGACAAGCCAACGUCCAACGGCGUACACAAGAAGAACAAGUCCGAGAAGAAGGACGACAAGAAAGCCGAAGACGCCGACGAAGAUGCCGCCGAGCCAUCCAAGGACGGUGACAUCUCUAUGGCUGACGCUGACGACGAGAAGCCCGAAACCGAAAAGGAGAAAGAAGCCGAAGAAGAGGAUAAAGAGGAAAAGGAGGCUGGUACUCCCGCAAAGGAUGCUGAUGCCAUGGAAACAUGA